UUCCGACUCUUCUUGAGUGAAGGUUCAUUGCGGUGACUGUGUUGCGUUAGCUGUUUGUCAUCUUUAAACAUUUCAGCUGCAAUGUCUGGCCGUGUCCUCGUCGGAGUUAAGCGUGUCAUUGACUACGCAGUUAAGAUUCGCGUGAAGCCGGACAACACUGGCGUGGUGACGGAUGGUGUUAAGCACUCAAUGAACCCCUUCUGUGAGAUUGCUGUGGAGGAGGCGGUCAAGCUGAAAGAGAAAAAGCUUAUUAAGGAGGUUGUGGCUGUCAGCUGUGGGCCACAGCAGUCACAGGAGACCAUCCGUACUGCUCUUGCCAUGGGGGCUGACCGUGGCAUUCAUGUGGAAGUGAGUGGGAAAGACUAUGAAAACCUGGGACCCCUUCAGGUCUCCAAGAUCCUGGCAGCUUUGGCCAAAAAGGAGGAUGCUCAGCUUAUCCUCCUUGGCAAACAGGCCAUUGAUGAUGAUUGCAAUCAGACUGGCCAGAUGACAGCAGCUUUACUGGACUGGGCUCAGGGUACCUUUGCAUCAGAGGUGUCACUGGAAGGAGACAAGAUUAAUUUGGUAAGAGAAAUCGAUGGUGGCCUGGAGCAUAUUAAGAUCAACACACCAGCAGUGGUCACUGCUGACCUUCGACUCAACACCCCCAGAUAUGCCACACUGCCUAAUAUCAUGAAAGCCAAGAAGAAGAAGAUCGCUACCAUGAAGCCUGCAGACUUGGGGGUAGACCUGACGUCACGGUUGGAGGUGUUGAAAGUGGAGGAGCCUCCACAGAGGCAGGCAGGGAUGAAGGUGGAGACAGUGGAGGACCUGGUGGGCAAACUAAAAGAGGCAGGGAGGAUAUAGAGGCUUAAUCACAUAAGCUCAGGAGUGCAGAACCUAACAGAGAGGACUCUUUAAUGAAUAAUGGAACUGAAUUACUUAAGCCCAACCACAGGACAAGCUUAUGUGUUGGUCUAAUCCCUCUGUUUGAGACUGUGGCUCCUGAGGAUAUGCAGGGAGGUACUGAUAGGAGUGGAGCAAUAUUGAGACGCACUGUCCCGCAGUCAGACAAGCCCAGAAGGAUCAUCUCAUCUUUGAUAUGCAUUUGAACUUGCAGAGGUAGUUUGGUUCAUAGGACCAUAAUGCACCUUUUUAAGAGUGGUGUUUAUGCAGUCAUUUUAAACCAAGACUCUUCCUGUCACUCAUGCUGCUGUUUGUAUUCACCAGUUUGAUGCAUUUCAGCUGUUAAAUCUUGUAUAGCUGUAAUCACAUGUUAGAGGUGCAGUUUUUGUAAAUGAUGUAUGUAAAUACAGAACCACCCAACAUGUUGAGUUGAUGAUGCCUGCGAGCAUUUGUGUCUUGACUACUGAAACUGAGUUCAAGUUUUGACUAGACAGUGUCUCUCAGUAUGAGCAGGGAACAUGAUCCUAAAUUGGAACUUUACCGUAAGCGCCUCAGUUCUCUUUUAAUUGUACAGAACAUCACAAUAACAAUAAAGCAGCCAGUCUUUUUCACAUCUA